AUUAUCUCCUGCUUGAGUCUAAUCAAUAAGACACAAGAGUACUUUUUAUUCCUCUCUUUUUUUUUGCAACCAAACAUAUGCAACAAGACGAAGAAAGCAUGAUUUUUUGAAUACGCGUAUUUAAGCGUAAAAAGAACCAAGAAAAUGCUUGCAAGGUACAACAUACAUGAUACAGACAGUUAUCAUUCCCAAAAAGGAGUUGUAUCAUAUUCUAUAGUUGCUUUCAAUGCUUGAACGCCACACAAGGACAGGAGCAACGCACUUCUGAACACGGAUGAAAGAAAAUAAAUAAGAACUCAGCUCCAUCGCAUACACUUCUUAUUGACGUGACCGAUCAGGCCCAAACUCAAUCGCUCAUGCCGUUACCAAUCGUUACAGCUGGUUCCAACGCCUUUUUAACUCCACCUUAUCUAUCGAUUGUGGCAAGGCGUGCCAAUGGCUACUCUCGCGCUUUCUCCUCACUUCCUGACGAUGCCCACGGAACCAUUGGAGGCAUUAUAGCCACUAUAGCAGAGAAACUCGGUGUUGGAGAAUUGGCAACAGGCGGUCUUCAGUUGGCUGUCAUUGGCGGUACGAUCGCGGGCUUUCGUUAUUUCGGUGGAUAUGUAUUGGAGUAUUUGAAAAAGCGGACCAUCGUUACAGCCGAUUUCGAUAGCCGUGAUGAAUCUUACAGCUGGAUCCUGAAUUGGCUGAGCGAACAUCCAUAUACGCGCAAUGCCCGCCAAUUUUCUGUAUCAACAUCCAUUGGUCGUGCAGGUCAACGUGUCACAGGCGAAGGAUUGGAUGCCAUGUUGCCACCCGUGUACUUCUUACCUGCCCCAGGAAUCCAUUUCUUUGUUUAUCAAAACCGGCUACUUUGGUUGACCCGUGAACGGCCGAGCCCUUCUUCCCCCGGGAUGGUAGUAUCAAGCAAUACACCGCUGGAGAGAAUCCAAAUUAGCACAUUUGGUCGUACGCGUACCUUGUUACAAUCGCUGGUUUUGGAAGCUCAAAAGAAGUUUAUUGACCGCGAUCUGAGUCGCACCGUUGUUUUUGCUGCAGAUCAAUACGGUGCAUGGCGUCGUACACGUUCUCGCCCGAAAAGACCAUUAAACACCAUUGUUAUUCCUCCCAACGUGAAGUCCCGCCUCGUCGUAGAUGCUCAGGAAUUUUUGACCACGGAGCAAUGGUACAGCGAUCGCGGUAUUCCUUACCGUCGCGGUUACCUUUUAUACGGCACGCCUGGAUCUGGAAAAACGAGUUUCGUAUACUCUUUGGCGGGAGAAUUAGGUCUCAACAUCUACGUUGUAAACCUUAGCAACAAAAGUAUGUCCGACGACACCUUGGGUGAAUUGGUAUCAGAUACUCCUAGUCGUUGCAUUUUGCUUAUUGAAGAUGUGGAUGCCGCCUUUGUGAAACGAAACCGCGGCGAUACCACGGCCACCAAUAACAUCACAUUUUCUGGCUUACUGAAUGCCAUUGAUGGCGUUGCAGCGCAAGAAGGUCGCAUUUUAUGUAUGACGACAAAUCACAUCGAGAAGCUUGAUUCCGCCUUGAUACGACCAGGACGUAUUGAUGUACGAGUGCACUUUGGCAAUGCCACGCAAGAUCAAGCCCACGAAUUAUUCACCAAGUUUUACCCGAGCAUCGCGGACAUAUCAUCACUGGCCAAGGCAUUUGCCUCCAAAGUCCCGGAAGGGGAGUUUAGCAUGGCUCAUCUGCAAGGUUUUUUGAUGGGCCACAAAGGACACCCUCAAACCGCCGUUGAACAGAUAACAAGUUGGGUCGAAGCCCACCGAAACAACCGUGGCGCCGACCCUUCUACUGCCCAUGUGGAAGAUGUAGAUGAAAACUCUCAAUAAACCCCCACUGCUCCAUAUAAUCGAUCAUCAUCAACAAACC